AUGUGGGAUUCACCCGGGAGUCGAAAUGAUUGGCUUCUACGUAGUUUGGGCACAUAUCAAUUUCAGAUAUGUCUACAAGUACUGCUGGCUAUCUGCUAUGCUAUGGCUUUGAGAGCUAUCUCAGUAGCCGAUAUCAACGAGCGUCCCACUUACGAAUCCACCAAACAUUUAGAAGGCCACAUAAAGGGAGAGCCUCACGAGCAUUUUAAAACGCGUCUGAUGCAUAAAGAUUAUAUCAAAGUUGAGGAGAAGAUGCCGGUUACAUUACUGAGAGAAACUGUUUAUGACGAGGAAAUUCCAGUAAGGUAAAC